AUGACCGGAGAUUAUGUAGUGACAUUAGUCGGUGGAUCUCCUUGGGGCUUUCGCAUCAGAGGUGGAUCCGAAACCUCUCGACCCAUUCACGUGUCCAGGAUUAAUGGAGGUGGCAAAGCGGGGAAGUACGGAAUUCGUGAGGGAGAUAUUAUCGAAGCCGUAAACGGACGCUGCCUGUCUGGAUUGUCGCAAAUCGAAGUCCAACAACUCAUCAGGAAUUCCGGUGACAAUUUGACUCUUCGACUUCGCAGGGACAACGAGUUACUUUCUAGACCACUCCAAACUGUCGAUAGUCGUCUAACGGGCGAGUUAAUGGGAUAUGUUACUAAAGACAUUCCUCUUGAGAAUCCUUUAGUCUUUUAUCGUUGA